UUGGCGGUUCGCGUUUUAAUUACAAUUUUAGCCGCGAAGUGCACUUGAAAAAAAAAUUCGUGUUUUUUUCUCGCCCGAUUACUUAAUUUGGUCGAAAGUGUGACGAUAUUAUUUUCGAGAUAAUUAUACAAUUUGUUUAACGUAAAAUGAGUCGACGGAGGUGUUGUAAAUUACGUAACAUGUAGUGGAAAUUUUAUCGUGUAACUAGUUCGACGGACUUAUUCUUGGGGCCUAGGUGUUUUUUUUUCUUCGUUAAUACGUCAUGUGUUUUGUGACGAUUUUUCGAUGGCGUUUGAUCAAGUGUCGAAUAAAUUAACGCCCGUUUGAAGAAAAAAAAUGGAGUUGAACGCUUGGACCCUUGUCGAGCAAGAUGGCGAACACGUUUUGCAUAAUUCAAAUAACAUGCUACACGGUAACCUAAUGCAUUCUGUGCAAAAUCCAGCUUCCGAGUGUAAUCUUAUGUCGAUGGAUGUUUGUCAAGAGGCUUCGUCCAGGAGUAUCAAUCGUAUUGUGAUUGACAGAAGAUUACAUGGUCAAGAGGAACGAAAUGAUUAUGUUGGAGGAAUCGAUAACGAAUCUUUGGAUUUUAGCCAGUUGGAAGAUUUCAUCAAUAAUGAAACUGAUUCGGAUCCGUCGUAUUUUGGAGACACAUUAUCCCAUGAUAAUACAGCUUCCUCUCAUUUGCCAACAAAUGUGAAUGGAAUUCCUGGGAAUGUUGAUCAGAAUCCUGCUAAUCGUACUUUGCAUCCGCAUCAUUUGGCUCAGUCGUCCCAUCAGUCUCAUUUAUUGAAUAAAAAUCAAGUGGUUUCUGCCAACAUAUCAGCUGUUGCGUAUAAUACCACAGUACCCAAUAUAUCACUGGAUUCAACGUAUACCUACGCGCAUUCACAUCACAGUUUACCAGAAAGUCCUCCUGAUUCGGGAUCAGAACCUCCAUACUCGCCUCCUGAUGUACAAAAAACGACAAAUAAUGCCAACAUUCAAGAAAUUCUCUUACAAACUAAUGGUUCGACGACUCCGAAUGGUUUAGUCAGCUUACCAUAUGUCAAAUCUCCUCUACAACAUGCCAUCCAAAUGCAAAAUUCCUGUGGAGAAACCAUUCUACUUCAACAUUCUACCAUUCUUACUCCAUUACUUACCCAACAACAGCAACAGCAACAACAACAGCAUCAGAAUGUAUUGGCUUCACCGAUAUCUCCAGGUUUAUCGAAUAGGGAAGGCACUACUCCUACUCAGCUUAGUAAUUUAUCUAACGGCGACACGUCACCCUACUUGAACCCUCAUAAUCGUGCCAAAAAGAGGAAACUGUCACAAGAUUCUUCAAACGUGCAUGUUAAACAGGAACCAGAAUUACCAUCAGAUGCUGCAUCUAGUCAUGCUUCUGCGUUAGCAGCUGCCUCAGCGAUAGCCACCUCUAAGGAUGACGAUUAUGGAUACCAAGAUAGCAAUAGUAACGGCCCUGGGUCGGUUAAUAAUGAUUCUGGAGUUUACCUUGAUUCCAGUUUUCAGUGCAUACGAUUUCAACCAUUCCAACAAAGCUCGUGGCAUGCAUUAUGUGACCAAAAUCUGAAAGAAUUGCCAGUUCCUCAUUAUCGUGUAGAUGCUGAUAAAGGAUUCAAUUUUUCCAACGCCGACGAUGCGUUUGUGUGCCAGAAAAAGAACCAUUUUCAGAUUACUUGCCACGCUCAGUUAGAAGGCGAAGCGCAAUUUGUAAAAACUAGUAAAGGUAUUCGUAAGAUUUCAAGUUUUCAUUUGCAUUUUUAUGGCGUCAAAGUGGAAUCACCUUCGCAGACGAUUAAAGUAGAACAAUCGCAAAGUGACCGCAGUAAAAAAGCGUUUCAUCCUGUGCUCGAUUGCAGGAUUGAUUUGAGAUCCGAUCAAGUAACUAAGGUAACCGUAGGACGGCUGCAUUUCAGUGAAACUACCUCGAAUAAUAUGAGGAAAAAAGGAAAACCUAAUCCGGACCAGCGGUAUUUCUACUUAGUCGUUGGCCUACACGCUCAUUGCAACGACAGUAGUGAUUAUCCAAUUGUUUCGCAUUCUUCGGAAAAAAUUAUCGUCAGGGCAUCAAAUCCUGGCCAGUUUGAAAAUGAUGUUGAAUUAUGUUGGCAACGAGGCAGUUCCCCUGAAUCAGUGUUUCAUGCUGGCAGAGUCGGUAUUAAUACAGAUCGCCCCGAUGAAGCUCUCGUCGUUCAUGGCAACGUUAAAGUCACUGGUCACAUCAUGAAACCCAGUGACACUCGAAUCAAAACCAAUAUACAGAAAUGUGACCACAAAGAACAACUUCGCAAUAUUCAGCAACUUAACGUGGUCAGAUUCACUUACUCUCCUGAAUUCUCGACCCAUUUUGGACUUGUAAAUACUCAAGAUACUGGUGUCAUUGCUCAAGAAGUACAAAAGGUUUUACCAGAGGCAGUAACUAGUGCUGGAAGCAUCGUGUUGCCUGAUGGAACCAAAUUCGAGAAUUUCUUGUUGGUUGAUAAAGAACGAAUUUAUAUGGAGAAUGUUGGUGCAGUUAAAGAAUUGUGUAAAGUAACUGAUAAUCUCGAGACUAGAAUUGACGAACUGGAACGUAUGAAUAGAAAAUUAGUUAGACUAAGAAGACAUGACAGCACAAAGUCGACAUCGUCUUAUUCCACUGUGUUGAGUGGUAAAAGUAGAAGUAAUUCCAAUAUUUCCGGAAAACACAAGAUAUCAUCUUGUGCUGAUAUCAAUUUGUGCUCAAAUCACUACUUGCAAGUAAUAAUUAUCGGCCUUGUCUUUGUCAUUGCUGGAUGCCUAGCUUCCAUAGCAACCUUGUAUUUCUUGGAGUUCCGAAAUGCGUAUACUGCAAAUUUAUCGUCUUAUUGGAACAAUGAAAAAAUAAAUCGUCUGAGAAGCGAGUGGUCAGCGAGUACACCACCUCAAUGGAGUUCGAUAAUGCAAUCGAAUGAAUUCGGAAGACACAAUAUUACAGACUUGAAAUUGAUCCAUCAUAUGCCGAAUAAAUUACGCAGCAAGGAUCGUCAAACUUCGUCAUUCAGUUAUCAACCCAGCGUCAGUGAUUAUCCUUUAGAUUCAGAUUCUGUAAUGACUAAUUUCAAUCAAAAAAUCACCAAACAUAAAUUGAAACCAUCUUUGCAAGUUAACAAUUUACCACAUAAUUUAAACCCAGAAGAUAAAGUCGGAGACAGUUACGCGGUGAAUGACCUUUUACCUACAGCUCUUGGUAGACCGUCGCAUUGUAAUACCAUAUUUUCAUCGCAUAAUUCGUUACUUCAUUAUUGGGAUACGCCUUCUCCUUGUCAGUCGUUUUGUUGCUUUCCUGGAGUUUUUCAUAAUUCCGGAGAUGAAAAUGAUCAAGCUUCACAAGAUUCGUUAAAAGCCAAAGUACAGGAUCAAGGACAAGCUUCAACCGAUUUCAUCGCAAAUAUUGGGCAAAUGACUCCUGCUGCUAACACCCUCGAAGAUACGCAAAUUAUAUCAGCUCUAGGUUAUACUUCAAAAGAUUCCAUUUCCGGAUUGGGACAAGAACAACAUUUUAUUAGAAAAGAAUCUAAAAUAAAACCUUUACCAGGUAAUAAGAAUUCCAUAGAAUUAUUAGGCGUUCAAAGACGACGACGAUACGCAGCCGAACCAUGGUCAAGUAACGGAUAUUCAAAUACAGAUCAAUAUCAAAAAGGUAUCAACGAUGGAAUCACUGUCAGCGUUCAUGGUUCCAAUUUCAACCAAACGAUCAACUCUUCGUACUGCAAUAUUGACAAACCUCAUUUUAUUCAAUGCAAACAUGGAUCAGCAGCCAACAUCAGUUACAUUAUACCUCUUAGCAAAUAUUUAUCAGACAAUCACAUUUAUCUUAUUUUUCAAUUUUCAAAAGUAUCCAAGUAUCAAAAAGUGACACGUUGUUUGAAUGUACCGAAAACAGCCAAUGUAGAAUGUCCGGCUAAAAAUCUGGACGUAUAUUGGAUGAAAAGCGAACAAGAUGGUCCUAAAGUGCCUAACGAAACAAUGAAAAAUUUCUCCCGCACCGACGCUUACUUCCACGUAGAUAUAUCCAAUUCACUGGUGCUGUUGGAAAAGUAUCGUGUAUACACCGAUAAUUCUUCGAAUUUGGAUAUCUGCGAAGCUUCAUCAGAGAAGUUGGGGGUUUCAUACUUGGAGUAUAAUUUCUAUUUCUUGCGCCAUUGUGAAGAGUGAAAAUCAUCUUGAUGGUUGUCCCCUCAACACGUGUUUUGUUAUUGUUGUUGUUUUUAGUCAAGUUCUUAGUUGAUAGAUGUUGUAGUGAAUUUUUUUUUUUACAGUAUUACGUUUAAUGAAUUGUGAAUAGUAUUUUAUUUGCUUUUAAAAAAGUGUAAUACCCGUUUGGCAGCUCCAAAAUGUAAAUCCCGGGCCAUUUGAAACAUGUUUUUGUUAUUAUUAUUUUUUUUUCUAAUUUUAAAUCUGUAAGUUGUACCUUUACAUUAUUGAACAAUAUAUUUUCAUAUAGUA